AUGACACAUACAAUCAGCAAAGUAGCGCUCGCAGGGGCAUCCGGGAACCUAGGCUCUCACACUCUUACAGCGCUUCUCGAUCGGGGAUUCGAGGUUACUGUGUUGAGCCGUACAGCGAAAGAAUUCCCGGCCAGUGUGACGGUCAGGGUCGUCGAUUUUGGCUCCGUCGAGUCGCUGUCUGCAGCCAUCAAGGGCCAAGACGCGGUGAUUGACAACACUUUCACGGAUGAUGCUGAUACACCCCUGCGUUUGAUGGAGGCUGCAGCUGCUAAUGGCAUCUAUCGCUUUAUCGUGAGCGACUACGGCCUCGACCCAGACCUCCCUGGGGUUCACGACAUGCCCGUUUUCGCGCGCAAACGUGAGUCUUAUCAAGCUGCAAAGGAGAAAGCUGAGACGUCCGGCAUGACUUUUACUUUGAUUGCCUGCGGGGCCUAUCUUGACUGGUGUCUUUCAACGGGGAUUGCUGGUAUUCAACUGGGGACAAAGUCGGCCACCUUGUUCGAUGACGGGGAGAAUGUGGUUCCGUGGACGACACUCGAAGACGCCGGGAAAGCGACUGUUGGCGCUCUUCUUCGGCCUGAGGAGACUCGCAACAGGCCGGUGUAUGUGCAUAAUGCGUUCUUGUCUCAGGUGCAGCUGUUACAGAUCGUGAAGGACGUCUUGGGAGAUGAUGGCUGGACUGUAACGUCUCAGGAGAUGCAGCCGCUGCUGGAUCAAUCGAUGGCCGACCUUCGUUCGGGAAAUAUCACCCCGAUGACUUUCGGGGUGCAGAUUCAAUAUUGUCUUGCUAAAAGAUCACUGGCACGCCCCUGGGAACGGGACGAUAAUGACCUGGUUGGGGUGAGAGAGAAGACGACCGAGGAACUACGUGCCUUGGUUCGUGGGCUUGCGUGA